GCAGGCUGAACUUGGCCGGGGGCUGGCUGUCGGCAGCCGGGCGCUCACGGCGCAGCGGGGAAAAGCAUCCUGUGCUCCCUCAGGCAGCCACACAGUGAGCAGCAGUGAGUGUCACUCCUGUGCAAGACUGAGCUGGGAAUAAAAGGAGAACAAUGCAUUUCCUGGCCUGGUUCAAUUUGCUGCUUCUCCUUCCUUGCUUUGGUACCACAAAAACCUGCUUCCCUGGCUGCCACUGUGAAGUGGAAACCUUUGGUCUCUUUGACAGCUUCAGCUUGACCAAGGUGGACUGCAGUGGAAUAGGCUCCCACAUUGUUCCUGUCCCAAUCCCUCUGGACACCUCCUACUUGGAUCUAUCAUCAAACAAACUGGAAACAAUAAAUGAAUCGAUGCUUACUGGCCCUGGAUACACCACCCUGGUGAGUCUUGACCUGAGCUACAACAAAAUUGCCAAGAUUUCCUCCACGACAUUCUCCAGGCUUCGGUACCUGGAGUCCUUGGAUCUGAGUCAUAACUCUCUGGAAGUCCUUCCGGAGGACUGUUUCUCCAGUUCUCCUCUAAGUGACAUAGAUUUGAGCAAUAACAAACUUUUGGAUAUAGCUAUGGACAUUUUUGCUUCAAAAGGACAAGGCAAAACCCUGAAUGUGGAUCUAUCCAAUAAUAUGCUCAGCACAAUUACAAGACACCCUGAAAAGAGCAUUCCCAACAUCCAGAACUUAAAUCUUUCUGGAAACAGGCUAACAUUUGUACCAAACCUUCAAGGCAUUCCUCUCCGAUAUUUAAAUCUUGAUGGAAACCCUCUGGUUAAGAUUGAGAAAGGAGAUUUCACGGGACUGAAAGACUUGAUUCAUUUAUCCCUCAGUGGCCUGCGUGGCUUUAGGGAGUUAUCUCCUCAGAGCUUCAAGGAACUCCAAGCCCUCCAGGUUCUGGAUUUAUCCAACAAUCCCAACUUGAAGUCACUGUCUGCUGAAGUUAUCUUUGGUCUGAACUCCCUACAAGAGCUCAACCUCUCUGGGACAGGCGUCUCAUCCUUACCAAAGACCUCGCUGAAAUACCUGCCUUCCAUCAAAAGCAUCACCUUAGGGAAGGACAUACAGUGUCUCAAGACCAUCAAAGAAGGACAGUACCACCGACAGAUUGGGCUGACCAAAAAAGAAGUCCUCAGUUGCCAUGACAGCCAUGGAUCCGUAGCAGCAGCACCUUAUGUUUUGUGAUGAAA